ACGCUGGAGACAUAAUAAGUAGUAAUAAAUCCAAGUCACGGUAACGCAAUCCCAUUUCCCUCCGUCUCUGUCUCUCCUUUCAACUCAUCGGACCAGAGAAGUAUAGAGAGAGAAAGAAGAGGAAAGAAAACACUUAAAAUAGAGACAGGAGAGAAAAUAGGAAGGAAGAGAGAGAGAGAGAGCGGGCAAUGCUGGGAUCGAUUGGCUGUAGUUAAUCCAUUUGAAUCGAUACUAGUUUAGUAUUGGGUGUAUAUGUAUGGGGAGUGGAACAUUCGUGGACGGUGUUCGUCGCUGGUUUCAACGUCGCUCCUCAUCAUCAGUCCCUGUUGUUAAUAGCAAUGAUCACAAAAAUAGCAAGCUUAAAUCCCAUGUGUUCGUGACCGAUCUCGAAGCCCAAUCGUCAUCACUUGAACAUCAACAACAACUAGACAAAGACGACCUCACUGUCAUCGAAGACUUUGAUAUCUCUGGUUUGAAUCUUAUCAGAGUCCCCAAACGCAUCGAUUUUCCAUUAACCUCCAUGGAUCCUCACAAAAAGAGCACGAUGGACUCAGAAUUCUUCACAGAGUAUGGUGAGGCGAGCAGAUAUCAAAUUCAAGAAGUUAUCGGCAAAGGAAGUUAUGGCAUCGUUGGUUCUGCUAUUGACACUCACACUGGAGAAAGGGUUGCAAUAAAGAAGAUCAAUGAUGUCUUUGAGCAUGUCUCUGAUGCAACACGUAUUCUCCGAGAAAUCAAGCUCCUUCGGCUGCUCCGUCAUCCGGAUAUUGUAGAAAUAAAGCAUAUUAUGCUUCCUCCUUCUCGGAGAGAAUUUAGAGAUAUAUAUGUUGUAUUCGAGUUGAUGGAAUCUGACCUUCACCAAGUGAUUAAGGCAAAUGAUGAUCUUACACCUGAACAUUAUCAGUUUUUCCUGUACCAGCUUCUUCGUGGUUUAAAAUAUAUACACACAGCGAAUGUUUUUCACCGUGAUUUAAAACCAAAAAAUAUCCUUGCUAAUGCUGAUUGCAAAUUAAAGAUUUGUGAUUUUGGGCUCGCUCGUGUAUCAUUUAAUGAUGCCCCAUCAGCGAUUUUCUGGACUGACUAUGUUGCUACUCGAUGGUAUCGCGCUCCUGAACUAUGUGGCUCUUUUUUCUCUAAAUAUACUCCUGCAAUUGAUAUUUGGAGCAUCGGAUGCAUAUUUGCGGAAAUGCUUACAGGAAAACCAUUGUUUCCUGGAAAAAAUGUGGUGCACCAAUUGGAUCUCAUGACUGAUUUGCUUGGCACUUCUUCCCCUGAAUCCAUUGCAAGGAUCCGAAAUGAGAAGGCUAGAAGAUAUCUAAGCAGCAUGCGUAAAAAACAACCAGUUCCAUUUUCUCAGAAAUUCCCCAAUGCAGAUCCUUUGGCUCUUGUCUUACUGGAGCGCCUACUUGCAUUUGAUCCUAAAGAUAGGCCAUCUGCUGAAGAGGCAUUAGCUGAUCCAUACUUUAAUGGUUUGGCGAAUGUGGACCGCGAGCCAUCUACUCAACCUAUUUCAAAACUUGAGUUUGAGUUUGAGAGGCGUAAAUUAACAAAAGACGAUGUUAGAGAGUUGAUCUAUCGAGAGAUUUUAGAGUACCAUCCCCAGAUGCUUCAGGAGUAUCUUCGUGGUGCGGAUCAAACCAGCUUUAUGUACCCAAGUGGUGUUGAUCGGUUCAAGCGACAGUUUGCCCAUCUUGAGGAGCAUUAUGGCAAAGGUGAAAGAAGCACUCCACUCCAAAGGCAGCAUGCUUCCUUGCCUAGAGAGCGUGUUCCCGCACCCAAGGAUGAAGAUGCUGCCCAAAGUAAUGAUUUUGAAAAGCGAACUGCGGCUUCUGUUGCAACUACUCUUCAGAGUCCUCCAAAGGAGUCCGAUGGAUCAGAAAAUGCAAUUGCGAACACACAAAAUGGACUAAGCAAGCCAAACUACAGUGCUCGUAGCCUAUUAAAAAGUGCUAGUAUUAGUGCUUCAAAGUGUGUAGUUGUAAAAGGAAGAAAAGAUUCAGAGGAAGAACCAAUUGCCGAGAACAACGAUGAGGUUGAUGCGUUGUCCCAAAAAGUAGCAACCCUCUCAAAUUGAUUUUAUACUUUCCUCCAGUAACUUAUGUAGAGUGAGAUGGUUUAAUUAUUUGCUCUUCCCAGUUUUCCUCCAUUAUGUGGACUGUCACAGCUUCAUACAGCCUCCGCCGAAGACUUACAUUUUGUUUCAUUUAGGAGCUAACAAAUAGGACGGCUAUUGAUAUUUAUUUCGAUUUAUUCUGUUCUUUUCAUGUUAGAAGAAGAAAUGCUUUCCAGUAGCUCUAUUUCACAAGUAUUGUUUUCUGUUCUAUUUUUUAAUGAAACUGAUGUAACACAGUUUGAUGGACAAGGAGAUGAAGUGAUGACGUCAGCUCCUUAAAUAUUUGCUUGCAUUAUUAUUUUAUUAUUAUUAUUUUCGGUAUUUGCUUA